AUGGCCUCAAAUGCAACAGUUCAAUGCCUGCCGCCCAUGAAGGCUACAUCCAAUGGGGUCUUCCAGGGAGAUAAUCCUCUUGAUUAUGCACUUCCUCUGGCAAUUUUACAGAUAUGUCUGGUGAUUGCUCUCACACGACUGCUUGCUUAUCUUCUUAGGCCAUUAAGACAACCUCGAGUGAUCGCUGAGAUUAUUGGAGGAGUUUUGCUUGGGCCAUCGGCCCUGGGUCGCAGCCAUAAGUAUUUGCAUGCAGUUUUUCCACCACGAAGCCUUACUGUGUUGGAUACUCUAGCCAAUCUUGGUUUGAUAUUCUUUCUAUUUCUUGUUGGCCUUGAGCUAGACCCAAAAUCCCUUGGUCGUACAGGGAAGAAAGCUUUGAGCAUUGCUCUUGCAGGAAUUACCCUUCCCUUCGUUUUAGGAAUUGGAACAUCAUUUGCCCUCCGAGCAACUGUUUCCCCGGGUGUCAAUGGAGCCCCAUUCCUUGUUUUCAUGGGAGUGGCACUUUCUAUCACGGCUUUUCCUGUCUUGGCUCGUAUCUUGGCUGAGCUCAAGCUUUUAACGACUGAUGUUGGCCAAAUGGCCAUGUCCGCUGCUGCAGUCAAUGAUGUGGCUGCAUGGAUUCUGCUUGCUCUUGCCAUUGCCCUCUCAGGCUCUGGAAAUUCCCCCUUCAUAUCAUUAUGGGUCUUCUUGUGUGGUUGUGGUUUCGUUCUUUGUUGUGUAUUUGUUAUGCCACCUAUAUUCAACUGGAUGGUUCGUCGUUGCCCUGAGGGUGAACCAGUGAAUGAGAUGUAUGUUUGUGCAACUUUAGCAUCUGUUCUGGCUGCGGGGUUUGUCACUGAUGCUAUUGGGAUACAUGCCCUCUUUGGGGCUUUUGUGCUUGGAGUUCUUGUCCCAAAGGAAGGACCAUUUGCGGGUGCUCUCGUGGAAAAGGUUGAGGAUAUUGUAUCUGGUCUUUUCCUGCCACUGUACUUUGUCUCAAGUGGAUUGAAGACCAAUGUGGCCAGCAUUCAUGGGCUUCAAUCAUGGGGACUCCUUGUUUUGGUAAUAUUUACGGCCUGUUUUGGAAAGAUGGUUGGCACUAUUGUAGUCUCAUGUUUGUGCAAAGUGCCUUUUCGGGAGGCUUUAGCCCUAGGAUUUCUGAUGAACACAAAAGGCUUGGUGGAGCUCAUUGUCCUCAACAUUGGUAAAGACAGAGGGGUAUUGAAUGAUCAAACAUUUGCCAUUAUGGUUCUGAUGGCACUAUUCACAACCUUCAUUACCACACCUCUAGUUAUGGCGGUAUAUACGCCAGCUAAGGAGAUGGGCAAGGCUGAAUACAAGCAUAAAACUAUUCAGAGGAAAAAUCCAAGCACUCAACUACGAAUCAUGGCCUGUUUCCACAGUACGAGGAACAUUCCCUCAUUGAUUAAUCUCGUGGAGGCUUCACGUGGGACUGGGAAGAAGGAAGGACUUUGUGUCUACGCAAUGCACCUCAUGGAGCUCUCUGAAAGGUCGUCUGCAAUACUGAUGGUUCAUAAGGCAAAGAGGAAUGGGCUGCCAUUUUGGAAUAAGGGACAGGAUUCUGACUCCAACCAAAUUGUUGUUGCUUUUGAGGCUUUCCGGUCUCUAAGCAAAGUGUCUAUUCGGCCAAUGACUGCAAUUUCACCAAUGUCUAGCAUUCAUGAGGACAUCUGCACUAGUGCCAACAGGAAAAGAGCUGCUAUGAUAGUUCUCCCAUUCCACAAGCAGCAGAGGCUUGACGGGCAGUUGGAGACAAGUCGAGCUGAUCUAAGGUUUGUCAACCGGAGGGUUCUUGAGCAUGCACCAUGUUCAGUUGGUAUCUUAGUGGACCGUGGGCUUGGUGGAAGUACUCACAUAUCUGCAAGCAAUGUUGACUCUGUCAUAACAGUCCUCUUCUUUGGGGGCCAUGAUGAUCAUGAAGCUCUUGCUUAUGGUGCACGCAUGGCUGAACACCCUGGUGUCAGCUUAGUAGUUGUUCGUUUUAUAGUCCAUCCCAAGGUUGUAGGGGAAAGUGUCAAGCUUGAUAUCAAUGACAACACCAAUGCUUCAACAGAGUCAGAGGACGAAGCAAUCCUUGCUGAGUUCAAGCAGAAAAUCCCAACAGACAACUCGAUCAAAUACGAAGAGAGAGUGGUGAGUAAUGCUGCAGAAACAGCAGAAGUGGCCCGAGAGCAUAGUCGAUGCAAUCUGUUUCUGGUUGGACGAAUGCCCGAGGGUCAGUUAGUUGCAGCUUUGAACAAGAAGACUGAGUGCCCAGAAUUGGGGCCAGUGGGUAACUUGUUGACAUCCCCAGAUUUCUCCACAACUGCAACAGUUUUGGUGGUGCAACAAUAUCGUAGGGUGUUAUCUCUAUAUUCAUUGGCUUCCCUGAAGGAGGAAGAGCAAUCCACUGAGGUAGAUGAUGAUUAA